UGCGCGGUUAAACAUUGGCUGGACUGGCGCAUUGGGCAUUCGACCUUCUGUUAUUUCUUCUACUAUAUAAACUGCGGACCACAAUUUUUUUUUAUCAUUCAGUGUAGCAGUAGCUCAGUGAAAACAAUCAAAAUGUUCAAAUACAUGAUCGUCCUCGCCUGCAUGUUGGUGGCAGCUAUCGCUGACCCCAAGCCUGGUGUGCUGUACAGCGCUGCGUACACAGCGCCGGUGGCUGCGGCGUACACCGCUCCCGUGGUGUCGGCCGCCUACACCGCGCCCCUCGCCUACUCCGCGUACACCGCACCCCUCGCUGCGUACUCCGCCUACCCCUACGCCUCACCCUACGCCGCUUACUACCUGCGCAAGCGUUCGUCCGUUAUGUUCUGCAUAGAGACGAAACUACAAAGCUUAUGGAAGAUUGUUAAGAUUGCUUGUAUUAUCGUCCUCGCCUGCAUGUUGGUGGUAGCCAUCGCUGACCCCAAGCCUGGUGUGCUGUACAGCGCUGCGUACACAGCGCCGGUGGCUGCGGCGUACACCGCUCCCGUAGUGUCGGCCGCCUACACCGCGCCCCUCGCCUACUCCGCGUACACCGCACCCCUCGCUGCGUACUCCGCCUACCCCUACGCCGCUUACUACCUGCGCAAGUCAAGGCUUCCCGACCUUAGUUUAGUGGACAAAACCUUGGUUUCCAUGACUUUCGUAUUCAUCUGCAUGUUGGCGGUGGCUUUUGCCGACCCCAAGCCUGGUGUGCUGUACAGCGCUGCGUACACAGCGCCGGUGGCUGCGGCGUACACCGCUCCCGUGGUGUCGGCCGCCUACACCGCGCCCCUCGCCUACUCCGCGUACACCGCACCCCUUGCUGCGUACUCCGCCUACCCCUACGCCUCACCCUACGCCGCGUACUACCUGCGCAAGUGAAAUGGACAAACCCACUGAACCUACAAAAAAAAACAUUAUGAAUAUUAAGAUAUAGCAGAAGAUAAAGAAAUAAUAAAGUAUAGCUUCGAUCACAA